AUGGAUCGGGCAUACCAUGGAGCUGCAGGCCCCGAAUGGGCAUACUGUCGAUGCCUUGCAAAGUCAGUUGUAAAGGCCAGGCUGGAUCAGCUAUACAUCAGUGUUUAUUCACAGGAUGAGGUGGUACCAAAGGCCUUUGAUGUCCUGGAGAUCGUCAAGAAGGGCCCAGAGGCGGCUGCCCAGAGCCCAGUGCUCCAGUAUGACUUCAACAAGCUUGAGACCCAGCUCACGGGGCCCAGGGGGCUUGCACCGUACGGCCUCUGGUUUGAGGCGUAUGCUGGCGCCGGGUCUGUUGAGAUUCCUGACGCCCAGUCGUUUCGCAGGCUCCUCUUGGCCAUCACAUACCUUGGGGGCAUUCCUGUUCCAUACGCAGGAGACGACCCGUCAAUGACUUAUCCGCCUCUUCUUCGUUUUCUGGCAAAACCAAAAGGUUCUCCCGAGGGUAGGCCUGUCAGCGAGUCCAAUCUUUCCUCCGGGCACAGGCACCCGGCUGAUGAUCCCAACGUACCCAGUCUCCCCCGCGACAUUGCCGGGCGCGAUGCUCGACCACCGUCCCCACCACCCCAACGGUUUCGACAGCGGCCGCCGGAGCCUCAGCCGCCGCAUAGGGAAGACAGUCAUCAGGACGCCCUGCUCCGCACACCCCAGCGGGACAGCCCCCCUCAGGAGGCCCCAAACACCGUGUUGCCGCAACUUGUGGUGCCCCUCGAAGAGCCCGAGUUUGAAGAUCGGGUUGAGCAGGUAUUUGGCGAAGGGCUCAACCGACGGAGGAGCGGUCACGACGAGCGCUUUCAUAACCUAUAUGCACAGAUUGCCGGGAUUGAGACAAACAGACGUGAUAAUGACGGUGGCCUUGGUAACAUAUUUGUGGUUGCAAACACAAAUUGCCUAACAGACACCGCCUUAGCGCUUGGGAAAGGGGAGGUGCAACAGCUCUAUCAUCAACCUAGUAUCAUUGUCUGGGACGAAAUGCACGAAACAAAGUCACUGGAUCACAACGCCAUGGUGGUCAUCAAAGGGCUGAUGACACUAGCCGAGAAGCCAGUCCAUGUUGUUGCCAUGUCAGGCACUCCCAUCUCUAAUGGCCCUGAAGACUUCAACCUGGCUGAAGACCUGGCUAUACACAAAAAGAUGGGGGAAUGGUAUGGCGAAGACACUCUUGCUCGAUACAAACACGAUCUAGAUCUUCAUAGUAAGGACUUUAUAGAUCUGGCUAAGGAGGUCCGCAUUGACGACAACAUCAACCUUGCUAAGGAGGGGCGUCAAUUGACUGACGACGACAAAAGAGAGGCCCACAACCUGCUCAGACGUUACGACGAGGCCUGCCACAGGUACACAGAUGUCCUGCCUCUACUCCAGCGCGGCAGCACAGGCGACUACCUUGGCUACCCUCUCCCUGCGUACUCAACAACCUAUAACAGAAAGCCACGAAUCCACAGAUUCAAUACACCUAUGGACAUCUUUAGCAGUGCUGUUACAACACAGCGCGAUGCAGUCAGGAGUUCAGAAUAUUGGGACAUGGUGCCAAACGCAUUCUGCCAGCGACCUGGUUCGGGAUUGCUCCAGCCUAAGGUCGCCAGGAUCUGCGAGAUAAUUGACGAGAUGCUACAAGAUAGGGAGCGUCAUGAAUCCCUGCCGAAAAACGCCGCGCCACUGAGGAAAAAGGCUGUUAUUUGUGUGCCACACGCCUGGCAGGGCUUCAUACUCAUCACGUUUCUCUUUAAGAAAUAUCGUAAUCACAACUUUACAUUUGUCGGAGCCGGCAUGUCCGCGGUGUUACGGAGCAAGCUGAUGGCGCCAUUCUCACGGAAAACCAACAAGGUCCACAUGGAAGACAGCCAGGAAGACGAUCCAAUUGCACUCAUCAGCACGAUCAGUUUCAUAGGGUCCGGACUUAACCUGAUACGCUGCAACUACUGUAUCGCUACCUCACCCCCUGAGGAGUCGCGGAGAAGAGUCACAGUUACCUGUACCACACACAACUACGUGCUGCUCGAUGACGGGAACCCAGUUGACGUUGUCACCUUCCACCGUAUGCAGACGCGGACGGCGUUAACGGUGCCUUUGGAUGACCGGAAGGAUGGGUAUAAUUUCAUACUCGGCGCUAAUGAUGAUGCUGAGGAGGAGGACCCUAGCAAUGUGAUGGAUGUAGAUGAAAUGCGGAAUGAGGAUAUAGAUAACGGCGAAGCGGACGAUGGUAGCCAAGAUGUAGAUAAUGAUGAGGACGAUGAAAGAUGA